AUGUCUUUCCCACCACCACCAGUAAGCUCAAUUGACUGGAGUGAUAUUGGCUUCAAAGUCCGAGAAGUCAAUGGCCAUAUCGAGUCCCAUUACAGCGUCAAGACAGGAGAAUGGUCGUCACCAAAGUUCAUAACGGACCCUUUCCUCCGCCUACAUGGGAUGGCACCAGCCUUGAACUAUGGCCAACAAGCAUAUGAGGGUCUUAAGGCAUUCCGAACUCCAGAUGACAAUAUAACCAUCUUCCGCCCGAAAGACAAUGCCGCUCGUAUGCAGCAUUCAUCCUCUUUUAUUUCGGUCCCACCCGUUCCUGAAAACAUAUUCAUGGAAGCUGUUCAUGCUGCUGUAUCUCUCAAUGCCGAAUAUGUACCUCCACACGAGACCGGUGCUGCUAUGUACAUUCGUCCUCUUAUAUUCGGAUCUUCCGCCCAGUUGGGGUUGAACCCUCCUGAGGAAUAUAUGUUCUGUGUCUAUGUUUUACCCGUCGGUGUAUACCAUGGGGUACAUCCAGUCAAGGCACUUAUUCUAGAAGACUUCGAUCGUGCUGCACCUGAUGGAACAGGAAGCGCAAAGGUCGGAGGUAAUUAUGCUCCAGUACUAAGAUGGAGUGAGAAGGCCAGAAAUGAAGGUUACGGAAUUACACUACACCUUGACAGCAAGACCAGGAGUGAAAUUGAUGAGUUUUCCACAUCUGGUUUUAUUGGUGUCAAGAAGGAUGGAGAAAAAAUUACAGUUGUUGUUCCAGACAGCAAAAAUGUCAUCAGAAGUAUUACCAGCGACAGUUGUCUUCAGAUUGCCAAAAAGAACGGAUGGGAAGUUGAGAUUCGGCCGAUCAAAUACGAAGAGCUACCUGAGUUCUCCGAGGUCUUUGCCGCAGGAACAGCCGCUGCUCUUGUUCCAAUCAAGUCCAUUACAAGAACUUCUCGCGAUGUCACAACCGAAUAUAUCAAGGCGGACUCAGAAGAGCCAGGUCCAAUCUGUGUCAAGGUUCUCUCCACUCUUAAAGGUAUCCAACAGGGUAAGAUUGAGGACACUUUCGGCUGGAAUACAAAGGUUACUCCAGUAGAUAUCAAAAAGUACUCAGAGGCGGAGACUAAUGGAACUAAUGGAAAGUCCAUUGAUAAUCUGCCGUAG